AUGGCAGAAGAAGAGCUUCUCUCCAAACUGAAGGCGGAGUUGGAAAAAUCAAGAAAGAGACUCAAUGAAUUUGAAGCGGAAAAUAAUGUUCUGAAAGAACAAAAGCUAACACUUACAACUGGUGUUAAAGAGGAAAGAAAUCGAAAUAGUAUUUUAGAACAGAAAAUGAACUCACUUCAACAAGCCCUGAACGAAGCCUACAAGAAAGAGAAAUUGGCGCAAGAAGAGGUACGGGUGAGCCAAGAGAGGAUGGAAGUGGCUCGUACUGAACUCCGAGCUCUGUACCAAGGACAGUUGGAGGCGGUGGUCAAAGAGAAGCUUCAGGAGUUCCAGACACAACUAGAGACGGCCGAGGCAGCACUCAAAGCUGAGCUGCACAACAAGGAGAAACAUUGGGCGGAGAAAGCCAACGAUCAGUGCCGACAACUACACGACAAAUUCAAAAGAGACUUGCUACGUGUAGAAGAGAUUCACAAAGCAGACAUAAACAGUUGGAAGGAGAAGUUGACGGAGAGCGAGAGACUGCGGACUGCAUUGGAGAAGAAGUUGCAGGAAGAAGCAGACAGACGGGCAGACAUUGCGCAGCGGCUGCAUAGUGUCAUGGAGACACAAUGGAGGGAGGCUCUGAACAUCAUCAGCAACCCCAUCAAGGCGUUGUACGAGGCGCCACAGGAAGACAGAAGUAGGUGCCAGGGCCAGGGAGAUGUGAGGGUGAGCAGAUCAGCAUCAACAGCCAGCCUUGGUCCAGGGGAGGAUGUACCGUUCUGUCAAGAGGGGAUGGUCACUUACAGGACAUCACAGCCUAGUCAAGACCAACAACUCAAGAAGUACAUACAGAUGCUUUUGGAUAGAGGACCAGGCAACCCUGUUCCACUUCAGAAUGUUGCCCAGCAAGAUAACUUGGAGCCGCAGACAUUCGCUACGCGAGACAACGGGUUGUUGGACAGAUGGAUCAUGGAAAAUGAGAAACAAACAAAAGAACAAUCCGAUAGGCAGAACCAGUUCAAUAAGCCGCCAUGGAGGUAGAUGAUGAGAAACUACUAUCAUUCCAAAUGUCAAUUAGAAAAUUCAAACCAAAUAGUGAUAAACCGUAGGCCAAUUAAAAGAGGAUUAAAUUGUAUAGAGAUGUGUACAGAUAUAUUUUUAACUUUUUAUAUUUUAUAUGGGAUUGUAUGUAAUUUUAAACUUAGUAGAUAGGUCACAUCAGUUGUAUAUUUUUGUCUUCUGCAAAGCUUAUAGAAGCGUUUAGUGUGCCAUUUAUUUAUCAUGCUGACUAAAGUGAUUGCAUGGGUUUCAUGUGCAAUGUAUGAUUAGAGUGAAUGUCUAUAAAAAUUUAGAGAAUU